AUGGAGCACUCUUCACCUCUGGCUGCAAUGCAGCCUCCUUCGGUUAUGUUUGGUCAUUGCUUUCGUUCUGAGGCUUCGACAUCGUAUUCCUUGGGCCCAAUGUCUGGAUUUGGUGCGAACCCUUUCAAUUUCAAGGAAUUGUCUAUGAAGAAGUCGGGUUCGGACUACUUCAGCAAGUCCAUUCGGGGAUCUUCACCCACUGCCAGUCUGGCUGCCGAUCUUUCCCAAAACUUUCAUAUCGACCAGAGUCCGCAACUAGCCACACCUCGGCGGUCUUUGUUCACAGCCAGCAUGCUCAGCCAAGCCAGCGGACAUGACGAUGUGAUGACCACCCCACCGCUUCCGGCGUCUUCACCAGCUCCGGCUAUGGACCUGAUGGACAUGUCGCCGUUACCUCACAAACCGGCGUUCUUCGUUGCUGCAGAGAUUGAACUCCAGUCUCCUACCCCCGGGGGAGCCCGAUGGAAUCGCCAUUGGCAUCUCCAUUGCCCAGUCCUUUGCAGGCAUCUCCAAUGGAAUCGCCUUUAUGCCCUCCGGAGUAAGUGCACGAGAAAACGGCCUACGUUCCUGCGUCCUAAUCUGGCCCGCAGCAAGGCUCAGUCCUUCCAGCUUGGAAUGACCCGGCCGGCACCGGAGAGCAAAGCCCCGCCGUUUCGCUUUGGAACCGGAGCCAAGACGUCUCUCAGCACAUCUACUUCCCUGGAGGACAUGUUUGGUGACUCGCCUCCUCGUGAGCGACCCAUCUCUCGCAACAGCUCAUCAACCCACCUGGCCCCGCCCCGUAUGCGGCCGUCACUUCACCAUGCCCGCAGCAACGGCUCUCCCGCCCCAAACUCAAUCCGCAAACCGUCUCAUUCUUUGAUGCGCCCACGCAAGCAGUGUCGGCGAUCGUUGAGCAUGUUUGAGCACCCAGCAGAUAUUCUUGCCGAUAAAGAGGCCAAGGUAGCGACAAAUACACCCGUCCAGUCCAUCAGUGACAUUUCGAGUCCGCCCAGCAUGAAGCUGCCUCACUUCAUCCCUGAGGAUCGCGCGGACUCUCUACCUCGCAUCGACAAGAGCACUCUCCUGGAACUCAUGGAUGGCAAGUUCAGCGAUCAGUUCGAUAAAAUUUUGAUCAUUGACUGCCGCUUCGAGUAUGAAUACGAAGGCGGUCAUAUCAACGGCGCUUUGAACUACAACGACAAGGACCGUCUGGCUGGUGAACUGUUUAGUACCCCUCAGGCUCGCACAGCGCUCGUUUUGCACUGCGAGUACUCUGCCCACCGCGCUCCCAUCAUGGCCAAAUAUCUUCGUCAUCAAGAUCGCGCCAUCAACGUUGACACAUACCCCAACCUCACAUACCCAGAUAUGUACAUUCUCGAUGGUGGAUACAGCUCGUUCUUCGCUGAACACCGUUCCUUCUGUUUCCCUCAGAACUACGUUGAAAUGAGCGCCAAGGAGCAUGAAUUCGCCUGUGAGCGUGGACUUGGCAAGGUCAAACAGCGCUCCAAGCUGAAUCGGGCCCAGACCUUCGCCUUCGGUGAACAGUCUCCCCAAAUGGAGGACAGUCCAACAGGGCGUUGCCGUCUUGGAGACAACGAGCGAAACCGCUACCUCAGUUCCCCUUUCUCCCAAAGUCCAGUCCCGGCCCGGACACCCGGCCGCCGGAUGCUUUCAUACUAA